AUGAAUAAUAUGACAAGCACGAACGAUGCAGUCCCCAACGCCACAGCGGGCAACAGCAACUCCAAUACUACAGGGAACGUCAGUAACAAUGGCAACACACCUCGGAACUUUCUGAGCAAUAUUGGUACCCCAGCGUUUAACUUCUCGCAGAUUCCACAGCAUAUACUACAGUCUCUUUCCCAGGCACAAUUAAGGGCCAUCCAACAGAGACACCAACAACUGCUAAUGGCACGUAUACAACAACAACAACCGCAACAGCACCCUGCACCACAGUCACAAUCACAGUCGCCAGGCCAAACUCAAGGACAGAUGCAGAUGCCCCAGUCCAGAGAGAACAGCAACACGAACCCAGCUACGCAGAUGCAGCAGAUCAAUAUUCAGCAGAGGUUGGCUCAGCUGGCCGAGCAGAAAAACCAUGGCGACACAAACCCUUUCAACGUGAACGUGCCGACACCCCAACAGCAGCGGCAACCGCAACAACAACAGCCGUUCCAACAACAACAAGGACCCCCACCACAGCAGGACUCCCGCAAAAACUCCAACGUCACUCAGCCGAUUAACUUGCCACCUCAAAUAGCACAGCUGCCUCUGCCAACACAGCUACAAGUCCUGAAUACUUUGAAGCAACAAGCGAUAAGCAAGGGCAACCCAACUGUCGUAUCCGCCAUCAUGCUUGCUCAGAAACAGGUGCAACAGCAAAUAUACCAACAACAGCAACAGCAACAGCAACAGCAACAGCAACAGCAACAGCAAGGUCCUUCACCACCACCACAACCGCAACCUCCACAAUCACAACAACCGCAGAUGACCGUGCAACCGCAACAAGCUGUUUCCACGAGACCCGCAUCAAGGUCUACGAGUAGAAACUCGUCCAACGUUUCUACUCCUGGUGCAAACCGGUUUGUUCUAAUGCAACAGCGUAUGCAAAGCCAAUUGGCAGCGCAACAACAGCAGCAAGAGAAGCGCCACCAACAGUUGCAAAAACAGCAGCAACUUCAACAACAAAAAGGCCAGGAGAAGGACAAGCUUCCACUUGGUCCAACGAUCCGUGUUGGUACUCCCGCCACAACAGGUGCGCCAACUCCAUCUGCUUUGAACGCGGCUUCGAAUAACAUCCAGGCAAGCCAACCAAUGUCUAUGCAACAGCCGCAAGUACAAUUGCAACCCGGAAAAACGCCACAGAUAGGAAACCAGCCUACCACAGUGCCAUUUCCAGUGCCUAGUAUGCCAAUUUUUCCCCCAGAGCCUGUCCCGCCGUUACCACUACCAGCGUACCAAACCAUCAACUACGAUCCACCUGAAAUGCAAAUUCCAAAGUUUAAUUACUGGUCAACUACUUUACAAAAGGAUAAGAAAACACCGACGACGGAUACGUUGCUGUACGAACAAAUAAUUCGGAGGGAUAAGAUUAAUCUGGAGUCUCAAAAGAAGGAGAAGGGUGGAUAUGAACCCUUUAGUAUCUAUGGGUUCAGUAAUAAAGAGUACGUCUCCAAGUUGUUCCAUACUUUGAAGUACUACCAGGAUUUGAAGAAUACGAGGAUGCAAUCCAUCACAGAAACGUCCAAGGGUGUCCCCUGUGCCAGUAUCUGGGGGCCAGGGUAUAGUGGAUACGGUAACGGGGUCACAAACUCUCUCACCAGGGUCGUGCCUGGAUGGAAGGACAAAUUCCAUUUUGAUGAACUCGCAUUGUAUAGACAGGCGAUGCAUGAAACAGAGGAAGAACUGGUUCCCAUUAGACUGGAGUUUGAUCAAGAGAGGGAUAGAUUUUUUUUGAGGGACACGCUUCUGUGGAAUAGGAACGAUACGCUCGUAUCGUUGGAACAUUUCGUGGAGGAUAUGCUUGGGGAUUUCAGGUUUGACAAGCCGUACAAAUCUCAGCUUGGAGAUAUCAUUCUACAAUCCAUCAGGGAGCAGAUCCAAGAGUUUCAACCGAAUCCAUACAAGGAGAUCAGUAAAGAGAGAUUGGGUGGCGAUGACCUGAGGAUAACCAUCAAAUUGGACAUUGUCGUUGGACAGAACCAGCUCAUUGACCAAUUUGAAUGGGACAUAUCGAACACGGAUAAUUGUGCCGAGGAAUUUGCCGAGAAUAUGUGCCAGGAACUACAGCUCUCAGGAGAGUUUGCCACUGCUAUUACGCAUUCGAUUCGCGAACAAGUCCACAUGUACCAUAAGUCGUUAGUGUUGUUGGGUUACUCUUUCGAUGGAUCACCCGUGGAGGAUGAUGAUAUAAGAAGUAGACUUCUGCCUGUCAUCACGGUCAAGGAUGCUUUCCGUCCUGCUUCCGAGGCAAAAGUCUUCACUCCAAACUUGCUGCAAAUAUCAGCUGCUGAGUUAGAAAGAUUGGACAAAGAUAAGGAUAGGGACACAAGAAGGAAGAGAAGACAAGGGCGGUUCAACAGACGUGGGUUUGGUGCUGCUGCUAGUAGCGCAAAUCUGGCGAACUCUGCGUCCAAUACUUCGGGGAAUACCAGCGGUCAAUCUGCGUUCCCUACUCCUUCCUCGGGCGAGGUUUAUUUGCCAGACAUAGCGGAUGUACCGAGGACUUUCCGUACACCAAUUCCGAGCACCAUUCUACCCGGUGGGAUCGAUUUGGGUCCACAAACGGAGUCGUAUACACUGGAGACUAGCACAGAGUUGAGACCUAGAUUAGAAAGACCCGAACGGGUCCCGCCACCAUGUCAAAUCAUUGACAAUAUCCCAGGGAAGUCAUUGCUGAUAUCUGUCAUCCUACCUAAAAACAAGAAUCUGGUACACGAUCCAGUGAAAACUGAGGAUAGUUUAACGGGCGGAUCACAAUCCAUGCCCGCACAUGUAACUGAAGAUGAACAGCGUCCCGGCACGGUGAACCGCUCUCCGUCUACCACAGUAGACCGUGCAGCGGACGCGACCACGGCGACGCCAAAAAUCAAGCAAGAGGAAAUACUACAGCAAUCAAGGGAACAGAUAGCAACAUUGCAACAGGUCCCAGCCAAGACUGUCCCCGGAGCCGCAGGUAUUACCGCUGCAGAGGUGCCAAACGGCAUCCAACGUUCUGACACGGCCACCCCGCAGAGUAUCGCGACCAACGAACCCAGCGAGCAGCCAGACUCAGAGCAAGCAGCACAAAGUGCCACGCCAAACAGAACCAAUUGA